AUGAAGACAUUAUCAGAGCAUAAGGAAGAAGAUGAUGAUCCCUACCUUGAAAUCCUCAAAGCAGUUGCUCAAGCAUGGCAUGGUCAUUCCGGCACUUCUAGACCAACCAAACCAACCAAUGAGUACGAUGCUCAUCGUCAGAAUUUUCAGACCAAGCCGUCAAGAUUUAAGGUAGAAGCAAUGAACAAGAAAAAAUCAUUGUCAUUAAUGGUUUUGAAUGGGGAAGGUGCUCGCAGUAGUACUAGCAGUGGAGAUUGGGAUUUCAAGCAAUCUUUGCUUGAUUCUUAUGAGAUUGUUUCUAUGGCUAAACGGUUAGAAAGCGGUAUGGUGUUGUUAGAUGAUGAGCCUUUGUCGGGAUUGUUAGAUUAUCGGAGUCGGAGCAGUGUUCGGACAAAGCGAAAAGAGAGUAAGAAUAGUCUUAGAAGUUUGUUUAAUCGUUUGUCAUCAAGGCGAUUCGAAGAGAAUGAUUACCCUCCAAGAGAUAUAUAA